CUUUUCUUCCCGGCUUUUAGUCCUGAAAGGCGUAAGUCUGUGUUGUAUUAUUUUGGGACUGGUGAUAAUAUUUAGACAACUGUUUCUAGUUAAUGACAUAUCCAGAUUUUCGUUAUGUUUUAAAAAGAUGUUUUUUCAUAUAUGUUUUUGCACUUUUGAUUUUUACGGCUGUUGAUUUAUAAUGAGGGACAAAUAUCUGGUGUUCUUAUUUAUGGUGGUUUUUGUGGAGUCUGCAUCACCAAGGAAACGAACAGUCCGACAUGUCUCAUGCCAAGAGAACCAAGAGUACAAACAUGAAAAUCACUGCUGCUUGAACUGCCCUGCUGGAGAAUAUGUUAAGGAGCAAUGUACAGCACAUUUGGCACGAGGAACCUGUGAGCCAUGCCCACACGAGACCUUCACAGAGCACGGCAAUGGCCUGACACAGUGCCUCCCUUGUAAAAAGUGUCAUAUAGACGAAGAUAUGAUCAAGAGUUGCACCUCUACCCAGAACACAGAGUGCCAGUGUAAACCAGGCUUAUUUUGUGUUCCUGACCAAGCCUGUGAGGUUUGCAAAAAAUGUUCAAAAUGCAAACUGGAUGAAGAGGAAGUGAAAAACUGCACCUCCAUCUCCAAUACUGUCUGCAAAAUGAAGUCCUCUUCAUUCACUGUCUCAGGUAGAUCUCAUCCAGGGGUGAUUGCUUCUGUCAUAGUAUUAUGUAUCUUUGUCACCCUGGUCAUCUGUUUCAUCUGCUGGAGAAAGGGAGUUUUCAACAAAGAAACCGAGAUUUCAUGCAAAACGAGUGAGAUUUUCAAGUCCAACAUGGGUGCAGAUGAGAUGGAUCCAUUCCAGCCAGACCCGUUGCAGGGAGGUGUCCAGUACAGACGGCUUACUCCAUUAGAUGAGCAAGAAUCACUGAAGAGAUGUCUUGACCUUUUUGGAGAACUGGAUAGUAGCUAUCAUAAGAGGUUCUUCAGAAGAAUUGGGUUAAGUGAUAAUAAGAUCCAAAGUGUGGAUCACUUACCUCAUGCAGACAGAGUGUAUGAUCUGCUUCGAAUAUGGAUGGAAAAAGAGGGUCUGAAAGCAGAUAUCAAUCACCUUCUUGAAGUAUUACUCAGUUUGGAUCAAAAACUCACUGCUGAAAAUAUCACUGAUAAAGCCAUUAAGAAUGGGGAUUUUAUGUAUGAAGACGAUUGAUUUGUUUGCUAUUGAUGUUUCUGACCUUUAUGACACCAUAAAGAGCACAUGAACUUUAAUUAUUGCAGCAUAUUGUGUGAUGACAACAUUAUGCACUCACUGCUAUUCGUCCUGAGUAUACUUGAUUUACUUCUAGGUGUUUACAAAGUAUUUUUGUUAAAUAUUUCCUUUUGUCAACCUGUAUUGGAUAUUCAGUAUGAAAGAUUGAUUUAUUUUUGAACAGCUGUAUGUGUUUAUACUAAGAAUGCACUAAAAAAUAAAAUCCACAGGAAUGUAUUUUGUUAUGGUAAAUUAAAUUUAUAUAAACUCAAACUUCUGAAUUUUUUAAUGGAUUUAUUUAUGCCAGUCUGUGUUUUACCUUGGAAAAUACUUGCCAUUGCAUUUCUCAUGAUUGUUUAUCAUCCAAUAACCUGGUAUAGGUUAUUUUCUCUCUUAGAUUCAUUCCAUACUGAUAUAUUUCAUGAAUAUGUUGAACAGCUCCACCCAGUGCAUUCCAUGCUUCAUGAACUUCAUGUAUAAUGAACCAAUGUAUUAAAUCAUAACAAAUUAAGGUUUUGUGUUUUUGAAAGUUGCCUCUAUAAAGAUGUAUAUCAGUGGUCACCAACCAGUCGAUCGCAAAGACAUUUUCAGUCUAUUGGCAAAACAUAUUGGAGGGGCACCCCCCCCCUCAGUCGCAAUUCAGUAGCUUACCAGAGUAUUUUCUUUGUAAAAGUGUCUCUCACUCUAAAUAAAGGUUGGACACCAGUGAUGUAUAUCAAUAUUUAAAACAAACAUGAAAGUAGAUUUUACUUUUCAUUUUUGUAAUACAGUUCGUCCAUGUGAAGAGUUUUGUUUUAUUUGAUCAGAGAUCUACUAUUUUUUUAUUUCUUUGUAAAAUGUAUUUUAUAUUUAUGGUGUCAUUUAGUUAUUGUAUAUAUUUCUAGCAGAAUUAAAUUGCAUUUGUAAAGGCAUUUGUAAAUUGGUAUUUGAGUACAUAUUGAAGUCAUCUGCAGAAGUAAUAUAUGGACAAGCUGUAUCAAAUACAAUGGCUGCUGUUUCGUAUGUGUUUGUGUGUGUGUAAUAAAUAUAACAGCUGUUACUCCACA